UGAAGUAGCACCUUCUGAAAAUACUACUGCUCACGCUUCAACGGAACCAGCACCAGUAUCAUCACUGAUUAUACCAGUGAUGAUGACCUCCUCUCAAAACAGACGGCCACCAAACCAAAUGAGUUCAACAAUGUCUCAAGGCAGCGGUUUGGGUAAUUUUGAACAACCACCGUUUUUAUUCCGUGCAAGCAGUGCGACACCAGUAAUUGGUAAUACCGUCUCAUACCCCAAUGUUGUAACUAUUAGUCAACGUAUAUCAACUAUGUACAAUCCAACGACAAAUGGCAAUGUAAUGUCACAUUUAAGUCAAAUGAGACAAUUUUACAAUCAACAUUCUAACAAUAAUCAAGCCCAACAUCGACAGUUGCAGCUACAACAGAUACGACAGCAACAACAAAUAAUUACCACUCCUCAUACUCAGCAGGCAUAUAGUGGCCAAUCUGUAGAUGGUCGUUUAGCCUUCAUACAACAGCGCAACGCAUUGAGGAAUGCUAGGUCUGUUACAGUUGCUCCGUCCAUAGAAACCAUUGACUUAUUGUCCCCACCAUCCAGCCCUGUUCCUCCAACUGUGCAGGAGAAUCCACUUCGUCCUAAUAUCGCAUGGGGAUUGACGAGAAUACCGGAACGGAUGAGGGCACGUGACACAUCUAAUAAUGAUGCAUACGAGAGUCAAAUGGCAACACUUCGACGGGAAAUACAACACCAAUCUGCAGGUGGUCACUUCGGAGCCACUUCCACUUCUAUCCACACCGCCAUCGGUGGUUGGUACUCGACCGCGGCCGUCAGGAACAUUGGCCCAGUGCAAACACUGUACUCGCAUCACUCUCCGUAUCCAAUACUACUGCAAAACACCUACCAGAGCCAAAGAAACUGGCCUCCACCCCCGCCAUACAUGUAA